GAUGUCUCAUGUGAGUGAAAUGUGGUGCUAUCACUGGAAAUGGAAGCUGCAGCACUGUCUCUGCUUGUUCACCAUAUAUAUUAUGUGCGUGCAGCAAGAAGCUCAUGGAUGCUACGACUGUAGGAUUGUGCUAAAUGACCCCUCUGGAGUUUUCACUUCUCCGUGCUUCCCCAGUGAUUAUCCCAACAGCCAAGCAUGCAAGUGGAUCAUCCGAGCCCCUCGUGGAUACAUCAUACAACUAACUUUCAUUGAUUUUGACAUUGAAGAAGCUCCGGGCUGCAUUUAUGAUUCCCUGACAUUAGACAACGGAGAAAGCCCAAUGAACCUUUGUGGCAUCACUGCCAAAGGAUUAUCCUAUAACUCUACCGGAAAUGAAAUGAUUGUGUCAUUUAAAAGCGACUUCAGUAUCCAAAAGAAAGGUUUUAAUGCCAGCUAUGUACGAAUUGCUGUGUCUUUGAGGAAUCAGAAAGUCAUCAUUCCCCAGGUUCCCGACACCGAUGCUGUGUCUGUGGCAGAGACUGUCUCAGUGCCAGAGCUUAGCCAGUUUACACUGUGCUUUGAAGCAACCAAGGGCAGCAGCGAUGACAACGAUGACUGGAAGGUUUUCUCCUACACGGAUGUGUUGUCAACAGAAUUCUUCAGCUUUGGGAAGACCACAAGAGGCCAUUUUCUGGCCAUCUCAGGCACACAGUGCAUCCUUGAGAAUGCAUUGCCCCGAAAUGCGGAGUUUUUCACAGGAACCUUUCAGCAGCUCUGUGUCGUAGGGGAUAGCUUCUCGGGCAGUGUAGGUAUAUACGUGAAAAGCACCUAUCAUAUAGUGUACUGCCCGGGUAUCUUGGGCAAAGUUAUCCCUGGAAAUGGGAGGCUGGUGCUGGGCUCUAACAGCAAUGAAGUGAGCUCUCUAAAUGGGGACAUUUACAACUUCCGCCUCUGGAAUUUCACCAUGAAUGCGCAAACACUGGCCAACCUCAGCUGCGAUGUGAAAGGAAACAUUGUAGACUGGGAAAAUGAAUUCUGGAGUAUUCCAACUUCAGCACUGAAAGCAGAAAACAAUUUGAGUUGUG